CCUGCUCGCUGUGUUGUUCGGCCCGCACGUCACGGGUGACGUUCUCCUUUCCUCCCUGUGUACUGUAGUAGAGUUCGUUUAGUUGUGUGCAAGUGAAGAUGGCGUCUGGUGGGCACCCUGGCGUUACCAACUCGUCUACCGACAAUGAAGGCAUUCUUAUUGGGGAUAGAGUUUAUUCCGAGGUUUUCCUCGCCAUUGACAACUCGCUUAUCCCCGAUGAGAGACUCUCUACGACCCCGUCUAUGUCAGAUGGCCUCGACCUCCACAACGAGACCGACCUCCGCAUCCUUGGCUGUGAACUAAUCCAGUCCGCUGGAAUUCUUCUCCGUUUACCGCAGGUGGCCAUGGCUACAGGGCAGGUUCUUUUUCAUCGAUUUUUCUACUCGAAGUCUUUUGUCAAACACAGCUUUGAGAUUGUUGCCAUGGCUUGUGUUAAUCUUGCCUCGAAGAUUGAAGAAGCACCACGUCGAGUAAGAGAUGUGAUAAACGUGUUUCAUCAUUUAAGGCUGCUUAGAGGAAAAAGGACACCAACCCCAUUGAUACUUGAUCAGAACUACAUUAACACCAAAAACCAAGUAAUCAAAGCAGAGAGGAGAGUGCUGAAGGAACUGGGUUUCUGCGUUCAUGUCAAGCAUCCCCACAAGAUCAUUGUAAUGUACCUUCAAGUUCUUGAGUGCGAGAAAAAUCAAACCCUCGUCCAAACAGCCUGGGUAGUCCAUGAUGGUAAGUCUCAUAGAAAGAACUCUGCCCUCUGAACUCUGCUCCUUCAACCACAUGACCUCAGGAAUCUCCCAAUUGGCUGCCCUUCUCUCCAGCCAAUCCAGUGCAAGCUCUCAUCCGAGAUUCACUGAAGUGGUCCUUAUUCAUCUGGCAACAUCAUCUUGUUUUCUUGGGUGUCAAAGGAUUUGUAUUUCUGCUUCCAGAUGUAAUUGUUCAUUUAAGUAGCAAUGUAGAAAUUUAAAUGCACUGUUUUUGUAUUUAUAUACAAAUAACUAAAACUAUACAUUGCAAAACCAAUUUAUGCUAUUAACCACGUCAUUUUUAUUUUUAUUACAAAAGUUUUUAGAAGUAGAUAUUUACAUAUUUUUCUUUACAUAAGUAUUGGAAAAUGUGACUUACAGUCUUGAGGAAUCUGUUUUCCAGGCUCCAGUCCUCACAAGCUGGGUCUUCAAGCAGAGAAGAUUGUAAGCGUAUCCUGUAAAUGGAACCCUUAAUCUUGCUUACUAAGACUUCAUCUUGGGCUGGGCUGGGUUGGGUUUUCUUUUGAAUUUUUUGAAAAACAAAAUUAACCCUUUGCGGUCCAUUUAUUAAUCGCGCGUCAGGCACGCCAGGUCUAAUUAAUUUUCACACGUGCAGUUAAUUUUAUACGCGCUGUUUAAAAGUAUUUUUUUUCACAGUCAAACGGGUUUAAAUGGCCCUGCAUAUCAACAAAGCACACACUAGGCAUCUCCAGCCCCGCCCCACCCUUUCGUUUGCUAUAGCGUUCAGCUAUGUAAGAAAUAAAUAAUAAUAAUAAUAAUAAUAAUAGUCGUACAUACCGAUCGAUCAUCUCCGGAUCACUCGUUUUAUCACCAAACUCCUCAAUAAUGCGAUCCAAGUCAUUAUUUUAUUACUAUAACAUCUGAAAAAAGCUCUGCAAAUGUCCAUGAUAGUCUCAGUGCGCUGACGCACUCAGCCAGCUUGUUUACUAUGAACGCCCCAUUAUCUGAUACCUGAUACCAUGUAUGACUAUUCAUGAAAUACGCCUAUUUUUUUUUUUUUUUUUUCCCGACUUGUCUCGGCUCCUGUCGCUCCCACUCAGCAAUUGAAUGGUUUUCUCGGCUUUUUCCGGAGAAAAAACGACUAAACACCCGUUUAUUGCGUUGCUAUAAUGAUGUCGGACCCAGUCCGACAAAGGACCUGUGAGGAAUAAUUGCAAUGUCGGACCCAGUCCGACAAUGGACCGCAAAGGGUUAAGGUAGUUUGAGCUGUACAGUUCUUUUGCCAUCUACAGAUCAAGUUCAAACAUGUUGCCAGACAUACCUUCUUUGAAAUGCAAAUAAGUAUUUAUGUUGAUGUACAAGUAAAACCAGUCCUAGAUGACCACUUGGCUAGUAAACACUUUUAAUGAUUCAGUUGAUAGGAACUUGUAUUUUAAGGACUGGUAUUUAACACAGGUUUUACUUGUUUUCAAAUUCCUGUUUCCUCAUUUACUCCUUGUGGAAUAUUUUCUAAAUGAGUGAAAAUUCUGUUUGUUAGCUGAAAAAAAUCUAUGGCUUUGUCAAGGAUGUAUCUCAAUUUGUAUAAUGUUUUGCAAACAUUUAAGUCUGCACAAGCCCUUUCAAAAUGCACUAAACAGGAAAAAAAAAAUUGUUUAAACAGUAAUAUUAAACUUAGUCCAGAAUCCCUAAUUUCUAGUGAGCAUAUACUGUAAAUUAGUUUGGAAUUCAGGUUUAUUAAGUAUUAUUAGCUCAGACCUAUGGGCAAAUUUUCAUCAGAUUCAUACCUAUAAAACAGAAGUAGUUACCAGUGGAAAGACUUGGUAUUGAAGAUCACUGCAUCAAGGAAAUACAUUUAAAUAUGCAUUCGAUUGGGAACAUCUGGACUUCUUGGAUUUUCUUGAAGCGCAUUCCAUUAUGGAUCAUCAAACUUAACAUUCCUGAUCAGUGCUUUGCACAGAUGAUAUGUUGAGUUGGUUUAUCUUUUUCCUUUCUUGAAUAUGCAGUGAAUUGAGGCAUAUUUUGGAGCCAAAUAAAAGCAGAUGUUCUAUGAUGUGGAGAGAAAAAAAGGACAAGUUAAAUUGAAUCUCCCAAUUGCUGUGACAUGUUUCUUAAUGCAUGCUUUCCUUUAGCUUCCAUUUAAUCAGUAUAGUGAAUGGGUCAGGAUUGUUUUGAUUGUUUUUCAGGAACUACAUGAA